UUGGUGUGUGGGACCCAGAAUGUUGGCGCCUGGCUUUCCAUCCUCAGCUUCAUUCUCCUCAAUAUCUCAAUCCGUACAUUACCCUCUAAGUUCAAAAAUCAUUUCAAAUAGGAAAGAGAGUGAGAAGUUGUUCAAAACGUAGUUGAACAAUGGAGAACUUAGUCAUACUCUGCAACGCUAGCCCUCCAUUGCCAAUCCCAUCCAAACUAGCCAACCAAUCCAAGUUCUCAUCCAAACCCACCAUCUCUUUCUCCGUAAAAACCCACCCAAAACUCACUGACGCUCAUUUGAAUUCCCUCAGCAAAAAUGGGCGCCUCAGCGAGGCCAUAACAGCUCUUGACUCCAUUGCUCAAUCUGGGUCCAAGGUAAAUUCCAAUACUUAUAUCAAUCUGUUACAGUCUUGCAUUGAUUUGAACUCUAUUCAACUGGGUCGGGAGCUCCAUGCGCGUAUUAAUUUAGUUAAUGAUGUGAAUCCAUAUGUUGAGACGAAGAUUGUCAGCAUGUAUGCUAAAUGUGGGUCUCUGGACGAUGCACGCAAGGUGUUUGAUGAAAUGGGUGAGAGAAACUUGUACACUUGGUCGGCGAUGAUUGGUGCGUGCUCGAGAGGGAAGAGGUGGAGGGAGGUUGUGGAGCUUUUCUUUUUGAUGAUGGGAAAUGGUGUUGUGCCUGAUAGUUUUUUGUUCCCUAAAGUCUUGCAGGCGUGUGCAAAUUGCGGGGAUUUUGAGACUGGGAAGUUGAUACAUUCAUUGGUGGUUCGACUUGGGAUGAGUUGUUAUUUGUUUGUUAACAAUUCAAUUUUGGCUGUGUAUGUAAAGAGUGGGAAAUUGAGUUUGGCAAGGAAGUUUUUUGAGAACAUGGAUGAGAGAGAUUCAGUCACUUGGAAUGCAAUCAUAUCUGGGUAUUGCCAGAAGGGUGAGAUUGAGGAAGCUCUUAGACUGUUUGAUGCAAUGCUUGAAGAAGGGGUUGAAACGGGUUCAGUGACUUGGAACAUAUUGAUUACUAGUUAUAAUCAGUUAGGGCAGUGUGAUGUUGCGAAGGAAUUGAUGAAGAAGAUGGAGAGUUUUGGAAUAACUCCUGAUGUAUUUACUUGGACUUCUAUGAUUUCGGGGUAUGCUCAAAACAACAAGAACAAUCGGGCGUUGGAUCUGUUCAAGGAUAUGCUUCAGGAAGGGGUUAAGCCAAAUGGGGUUACGAUUACAAAUGCAAUUUCAGCAUGUUCAACUUUGAAAUCACUAGAUAAGGGGUUGGAAAUCCAUUCUGUUGCUGUUAAGAUGGGUUUAAUCAAUGAUUUAUUGGUUGGAAAUUCUCUCACUGACAUGUAUUCCAAGUGUGGGGAAUUGGAAGCAGCUUGGAAAGUCUUUGAUAUGGUAUUGGAGAAAGAUGUAUACACUUGGAACUCGAUGAUUGGAGGAUAUUGCCAAGCUGGCUAUUAUGGUAAAGCCCAUCAACUCCUUAUGAAAAUGCAGGAAUCAGGUGUAUCGCCAAAUGUUGUGACGUGGAAUAUGAUGAUCUCGGGAUAUAUGCAGAAUGGAGAUGAGGAUCAAGCCAUGGAUCUCUUCCAGAAAAUGGAAAAUGAUGGGAAAACUAAGCGGGAUACUGCUUCAUGGAAUGCUCUUAUUGCUGGUUACCUGCAAACUGGGCAAAAGGACAAGGCGUUGGGUAUUUUUAGACAAAUGCAGUCUUCCUAUGUUAUUCCCAAUUCUGUUACAAUUUUGAGUGUCUUACCUGCAUGUGCAAAUUUAAUUGCUGGGAAGAAGGUAAAAGAGAUCCAUGGUUGUGUAUUCCGUAGAAGCUUAGAGACUGAACUUCCUAUUGCGAAUUCUCUUAUUGACACUUAUGCCAAGUCAGGGAAUAUAAUAUAUUCAAGAACCAUUUUUGAUGGAUUGGCUUCCAAAGAUAUCAUCACCUGGAACUCCUUGAUCGGUGGAUAUGUUUUACAUGGUCAUGCAGAUACUGCACUUGUUCUCUUUGAUCAGAUGAAAAAGUUUGGAGUCAGACCAAAUAGAGGUACCUUUGCAAAUAUUAUUGUGGAGGGUGAGAAGAAACCAAUAACAGUUGGGCCAUGGGGAGGCCAGCAUGGCUUGUGUUGGGACGAUGGGGUUUACUCAUCUGUGAGGCAGUUGGUGAUAGCUCAUGGAGUGGGCAUUGACUCCAUCCAAAUUGAAUAUGACAACAAAGGGACUUCAAUUUGGUCAGAGAAGCAUGGUGGAAAUGGAAGCAACAAAAUAGACAGGGUCAAGCUUGACUGCCCAGAUGAGUUCCUAACUUCAAUACAUGGACACUAUGGUUGCUUAAAUGAAUGGGGACCAGUGUUUGUUCGAUCACUUUCUUUUGAAAGCAACAGGAAAACAUAUGGACCAUUUGGUACUGAACAAGGAACCUAUUUCUCAUUCCCAAUGGCUGGGGGCAAGAUUGUUGGGUUCCAUGGCAAGGCUGGCUGGUAUCUUGAUGCAAUUGGAGCUUAUUUGAAACCAGUUGAGAAGCAAUAUUCGUCCAAUGUUAGGCUCAAAUCACAAAACUACGUUGCUAAUGGGACUGAGAAGGUUGGCUACUCUGUAAUACAAGGGAGCGUUGGAGAAAACUUUGAUAUAGUUCUUGCUGUAAGACAAAAGGAUGAAUAUGGCAACCCUCUACAGAAAAAAACUAGGGAGUUUUCUACUACAGAAUACAACAAGGUAGAGAUCAAAGAAAAGGUGCCAAGCAUUGAGAAGGUGCCCUCGAGAGUUGAUGGCGCUGUAACAUAUGGACCCUGGGGUGGUACUGGUGGGUCUACAUUUGAUGAUGGAACCUACACAGGUAUUAGACAAAUUAAUUUGUCACGCAAUGUUGGAAUUGUUUGGAUAAGAGCCUUGUAUGAUUGUGAUGGGGAUGCCAUAUGGGGAAACAGACAUGGCGGCAGUGGAGGAUUUAAAAAUGAAAAGAUAAUCUUUGAUUUCCCAUCUGAAGUUUUGACACAUAUAGUAGGCUCAUAUGGUCCUCUGAUGUACAUGGGGCCUAGUGUUAUCAGGUCACUCACUUUCUACACCAAUAAAGGGAAGUAUGGGCCAUUUGGAGAAGAACAAGGAACCAGUUUCGCCACCAAAUUGAAGGAAGGAAAGAUUGUCGGUAUCCACGGGAGGAAAGGUUUAUUCUUAGAUGCUCUAGGUGUACAUGUUAUAGAAGGGAAAAUAAUGCCACUGAAUCAUUGUACUUCCAAUGCAAUUAUACCUUACGAACCUGCUGUCUCUGAGUUAGAUAAUCCUCACUGGUCCAAUAAACUUGCAUUAGCAAGGCAAGUACCAAAUGAAGAGGUUGCCUUUGGUGUGAUAAAAGAACCAGCUCCAUGUGGACCAGGUCCAUGGGGAGGGGAUGGAGGGAGACCAUGGGAUGAUGGUGUGUUUUCGGGGAUCAAGCAGAUCUAUUUGACAAGAGUAGCAGAAGCCAUUUGUUCGGUUCAGAUUGAGUAUGAUCGAAAUGGACAAGCAGUUUGGUCCAUUAAGCAUGGGGGUAAUGGAGGAACUGCCACACAUCGGAUAAAAUUGGAGUACCCACAUGAAGUAUUGAUUUGCAUCUCUGGUUAUUAUGGUUCAGUCAGUAGAGAUGAGCGACCUAAAGUUAUAAAGUCACUAACAUUUUACACCAGUCGAGGGAAGUAUGGUCCAUUUGGUGAGGAAAUAGGAACAUUCUUCACAUCAACCACCACAGAAGGCAAGGUGGUCGGUUUUCAUGGUAGGAGUAGCUCGUACUUGGAUGCCAUUGGAAUCCAUAUGCAACACUGGCUCGGAAAUCAACGAACUGCAAAGUCAUCCAUCUUCAGAAGGUUUACUUGAGUUAAGUUUUGAUCAGUAAUAAAAGUGAUUAGUUGGCAUUCAUGGUCCAUGAAUCCAUGUUUGCUUGAAGUCAUUGGAGUCCACAGGCAAUAAUGGUUGGGACUUAAAUACCCACAAAGCCACCUCUUUUCAAAUUGUUUGAGUUGAUAAAUGUUUUCUUAAUAAGCAUGUUUGCUCCAUGGUAAAAAAUUUGUACUUACAGUCUGUAAUGACAUUUGCUUGAUUUAUUAGUGCUUGUAUGGUAAGCGCAUUUUGGUA